UAAAGGGCUCGAACGUAUCUGUCUAAAUACAUUGAAAUAAUAUUUUUCGCGAUAAUAUAUUUUAACAAGUUUUGCUACUUUGUGAAUAACAAAAUUGGACAUGGAAACAAUAAUUAAAAAACACAAGUCACAUCGUUAUUGUUCAGUGCCUCAUUGUAAAUCAACCUGUUCUAGAGAGAUUUCGUUAUUCCUCUUUCCGAAAAGUAAAGAUUUAGCAAAGCAAUGGACUGAUAUUCUUGAUAUACGCAAACAAGCUACUAAGUAUAUAUAUGUGUGCAGUUUACAUUUUGAUAAAAAAGACUUUACUUUAUCAAUGUCAGCAAAGAAAAGACGUUUGAAAAAUGGUGCUAUACCUUCAAAAAAUUUACCGAUUAUUAAAGCUGCGUCUAGUGGGCCACGUGCAACGCAAUUGCGCGAUAUUGAAGAUAUUAAGUUAAAAGAACCAAAAAAUGGUGAAAGGGCGCCUUUUAAGAAAAUGUUAAAGGAUGGAGCAAACAAGAGCGACUCCCUUGCUGAGUGCCGGGCUUGCCUACAGUUAUGUGCAAACGAAGAACAACACAAUUUGUUUAAAUGCUGGGAUCCACCGUGGGCUGGAAUGGAAAACACUCCAGCAGAGGACUUAUCUAAACUUGCAUGUGUUCAGAUAUCUCAGACAGACACACAUUCAAAAAUCCUCUGUCAAAGUUGCUAUAAGCAUCUGCAAAAUGCUUGCCAAUUUGUGGAGAUAGUUAAAAAAGCAGACGAAGUGCUUAGUUUGCGGAUAGGAGUUAAUCCACAUACACCUGAUAGCUGGCCCAAACCUAUACAAAUUGAUAAAAAUGUACCCUAUGACAAGGUUCAGAUUAAAGAUGAAAUAUUUUCGGAUGAAGAGACUCAUCAAAUUAAUGAAGAAGAUUUUUCUAAUGUGGAUGUUAAAAUUGAAGCAGAUGAUUGGCCUAGCCAGUCUGUACAUAUAAAUGAUAUAAUAUCUCUUGGUCAGUUAAAUAAAGAAAUGGCUGAAAUUAAUGGAUACCUACCGGAGGUUGAACAAAAUAGCAAAACCAAAGGCUUAACCAGUGAAGGACCAGUAACAAAUGGUGUUGUGAAUUAUAAACAUGAUAAGUCUGAUUCAUUUAAUACUAAUUGCUUAAUUGUUAGAGUUAAGGAGGAACCAGUAAGUGAUGCCGAGUCAGAGACUAAUGCUAGUGACUUGUCAUUAGAUUGCAUUUUGUGUUCCAAAACAUUUUUAAGUCUUACAGGACUCAAGGCUCAUGUCAUUGCUCAACACUCCUACAAAACGGUCAGAAGAAAAACUAUAGAUGACACAGAAGAUAACUUGUUAAAUUAUGUUUGUAAGAUUUGUCAAAGAAGAUUUGAGACAUCUACAGAUCUUAUGGUCCAUGAGACUUGCCAUAAUAUGUGUGUGUGCUAUGGUUGCAAUACAAGUUUUGAGACAUUUGACCAAUUAUCCCAGCAUAGGCGAUGCUGCAAGUCCCUCAAGAAUAGUGAGGUUGGAAAGGUCCUCAAACUUGAGGAUGUUCAAAGGAUGGCAAACAUAACUCAGAGAAUCCUUGAAGUUAUUACAAAUUUCACAAUAUUUUCCAAAAACUCGGAACAUGGGAACAUUUAUGAGUGCUAUCAAGCUCUGUUGGCAGUGAUUACUCAGAAGGAGGACUGCAUAUGUGACGAUUUGUCUAGUGAAGAUGAUGAUUUAUAUAAUUUCUCAGACUUGGAAUCAGUUGAUGAUACACUACUUGAAUAUAACAGACAUUUUCUCUCAGAUUUACAAAAGAAAUCAAAUCUAUUGAUUGAAUCUCCAGUUAUGGAACAUGAUAUUACUAGCCAAACUGAUGAUGGCUUCUAUUCUAUGGAACACUCAUUUAAGGCAAACGGAAAAUUGUCUUAUCCUGUUGUUAAAAUAAAACGUCUAGAAAGUCCAAUCUUAAGAAAUUAUGAAAGUAGUUAUUUAUAUGAUAACCAUUCUGAUACGGCUUUAAGUUAUGAAGAUUUUGAAGAAUUAGAUGAAAUUGUACUAGAUUCUGAGGACUUAUUGAUUUCUAUUGAUAGCAGAGCAGAUGGUGUAGAAAAACAAGAGCCAAAAGAAGUUAAUAAUCAGUUAAUAUUAUCAAACUUUGAAAGUUGCACAUUAAACACUGACAUUGAUACAAGUAUAGAUUCAUUAUUACAUCCAGAUUUUAAUGACAUUUAUGAGAAAUCAUUAUCAUCCGGUUUUCUCCUGUUAAAUGCAUCAAAUUCUAUCACAGAGGAGGAAAAUGUAGCCUGCUUAGAAUUUGAUGAUGACGACGACGAGUUUCAUUCAGGCAAUGUAUCUGUUUGUCUGGAUAUACUGUCCAAAUAUUUACCUGACAAAACAGAAAAUGAUGAAAAUUUUGUUGAAAAAAAGAGUUCUAGUGAGACGUUAUCUAAGGUUGAAUUGAAGUCUUCUUUUGCUUUAAAUGUUGCAAACACAAAUCUGAAUCCAGUGGCUAAUGAUGAAAUAAUAAACCUCAUACAUGAAACUAAUGACCUUGACAAUUUCAAGAAACCAUGCAUAGUUCAGCCAUUUUCUGUUAAUAAUAAUACAUCCAUUGGUCAAAUACCUAAAAAGAACACAACAGGCAUAACUUCGACUGCCUUAACACUCUUUAAUAUCAAUGAACCUCGAGUCAUCAAAAAUGCAUCUAUUACAAAUGCAAAUUUGGACACAACACCUCUUUGUAUAUCCGGUGACAAGACUAUAAAUUACAUAUUACAAAAACCCGUGAAAAAUAUUGUUGUGACCACAUGUGCAUUGAAAACCAAUAUUUUAAAUCAACAUUGUUCAUCAACAGAUGUGAACAUUUCUGAAAUUAAUUCUAAAGUGCAAACUGCUAAACUGUCUACAAGUAAUAUAGUUGAUUGUGAAAAUGACGUUGUUGGCACUGACAUAUGUAAUGAUAAAGAAGCAUCUUCACUUGAACUACCUUCUUCUGUUACUUGUGAUAGCAAUUCUCAAACAUUUGAGCCCUUAAGUUUACCUAGACUUGUUGGAGUUAAUAAUAAAUUCAUAUUUAGGUAUAGAAGUACACGAAAAAUAAGACGUGGAUGUACGAUGGAUUGUAAAUUUGGUUGCAGGAAGAUUUUUACAUCGCAUCUGCGGUAUGAUAAAUUUAAAAAAUUUUGGAAAAUGGAUCUUAGCGCACAAAGUAAAUUUCUCGACGAUAACGUAGUUAAGAAAAAGUCACGAAAACUACUAUCCGGGAACAGAUUUUUUCUACCUAUCUCUAAUUUGUCGGUGCGUGUAUGUCAAAAAUUUAUCGAAGAUACAUUUUCAAUUUUAAUGCUAAGUUAUAGAACAGAAUUAAGAAAAUAUAAAAUGACUUUUGAUGAUUAUUAUUCCAACGUAGUACAAAAAGAUACAAAGGUACUUGAGUGUUGCAAGAAACAAACUUUUUCUAAAUGUCUAUCUUCUAUUGAUAUAUUUAAAGAAAACAAAACAAAUGGCAAUGGCAAUGGAGACACGAAACAAUGGGAUGAUUGCGUCAUAAAGAAAACCAAAAAUAUAGCCCAGAGGAACUGUGGUUCCGAGCAGUGUUGUGUUUCUUCCAUUCAUUGUGAUAUAAAAACAAAUGUGACUAGUGGUGACACACCUAUAUACUAUUGUAGUAUGACAAAUGGUCACAACAUAUUAGUUGAUCAAACAGGGUCCGAAAUCAAUAAAAGUAUAAGUGAGCACAAUUUAAAAAUUUGUUCGAAAAAUAAUAAAUUUGAAAGGGUACCUACAACUCGCAAUAACGAAUAUGCUUCAGGCGCAAGUAAUGUCAUGAAGCGGUAUAGAUUUAAUAACAUAACAAUGAACGUUAGCACUAUAGAUAAUGUUUCAUUUUCUCGAUCAAACCCUUACGUAAAGCUGAUUGAUAUCGGAUUUUACACUCGAUUGCAUUCUUUAGAUGUUCCAGAAACACCAACUCAAACUCAUAGUCGAUUGGUGGAAAACAUUGAUAUUUCAAACUCAUCCUUAUUUCAAAAUGUUGAUUCAUCUAGUUAUCAUUCAGAUAAGAACAACUUAUCCUACCGAAUUGAUACAAAUUUAGACAUUCCUAAAAGAGAUAGUAACGGCCAAAGUAUUCUACAAAAUCAAGUAAAAACUAAUUUUCCCCAUUCAUCUUUUGAAGAUUUGCAAACCUCCAAACAUAUUGAUUGUCAAAGUAUUCUGCAAGAUAAAGUAAAAAGCGAAAUGGCUCACCCAUCUAAUAAAUAUCAACAGAUUUCUAAUGUAGUUACUAAUUGUCGAACACUAUUACAAGAUGAGAUGAAAACUAAAACUUUCCCUUUAGUUAUAGAAGAAUUGCAGGCCUCUGAUCAGGAUAGUAAUAGUCAAAGUACUCUGCGGAACGAAAUUAAAAAAAUUCUCUCUCAUUCCAAUAAUCUAAACGCUGAAAUAACUAAUUAUUACAGUAGUAGUCAUAAUAUCCAAGGUCAUGAUCCCUGUUCAUCUGGUGAAGAUUUGUCUAACGAAGAAAGUAAGAUUAAACAAAGUAUGGAUGUUGAAAUUGAACAUAAUGAAGAUAGUUAUCAUUGUGACGGUGCACGAGACAUAGUUGACGAUGACUUGCCCCAUUUACCUACAGAAAAUUUGGUGCCAUCUAAUGAGGUUAGCAAUCUUCAAGACGAAAUGGAGGACAAGCUGCCUCUUUUACUUAAUCCAAACCUAAAAUGUACCAACAAAGAGAGUAAAUGUAAUGAUAUGAAAAAUCACAUAAUACGGUUAUCUGGUGAAGAUUUGUCUAACGAAGAAAGUAAGAUUAAACAAAGUAUGGAUGUUGAAAUUGAACAUAAUGAAGAUAGUAGUUAUCAUUGUGACGGUGCACGAGACAUAGUUGACGAUCACUUACCCCAUUUACCUAUAGAAGAUUUGGUGCCGUCUAAUGAGGUUAGCAAUCUUCAAGACGAAGUGGAGAACAAGCUGCCUCUUUUACUUAAUCCAAACCUAAAAUGUACCAACAAAGAGAGUAAAUGUAAUGAUAUGAAAAAUCACAUAAUACGGUUAUCUGGUGAAGAUUUGUCUAACGAAGAAAGUGAGAUUAAACAAAGUAUGGAUGUUGAAAUUGAACAUAAUGAAGAUAGUUAUCAUUGUGACGGUGCACGAGACAUAGUUGACGAUGACUUACCCCAUUUACCUACAGAAAAUUUGGUGCCGUCUAAUGAGGUUAGCAAUCUUCAAGACGAAAUGGAGGACAAGCUGCCUCUUUUACUUAAUCCAAACCUAAAAUGUACCAACAAAGAGAGUAAAUGUAAUGAUAUGAAAAAUCACAUAAUACGGUUAUCUGGUGAAGAUUUGUCUAACGAAGAAAGUAAGAUUAAACAAAGUAUGGAUGUUGAAAUUGAACAUAAUGAAGAGAGUAGUUAUCAUUAUGACGGUGCACGAGACAUAGUUGACGAUCACUUACCCCAUUUACCUAUAGAAGAUUUGGUGUCGUCUAAUGAGGUUAGCAAUCUUCAAGACGAAGUGGAGAACAAGCUGCCUCUUUUACUUAAUCCAAACCUAAAAUGUACCAACGAAGAGAGUAAAUGUAAUGAUAUGAAAAAUCACAUAAUACGGUUAUCUGGUGAAGAUUUGUCUAACGAAGAAAGUAAGAUUAAACAAAGUAUGGAUGUUGAAAUUGAACAUAAUGAAGAUAGUAGUUAUCAUUGUGACGAUGCACGAGACAUAAUUGACGAUCACUUACCCCAUUUACCUACAGAAGAUUUGGUGCCGUCUAAUGAGGGAAGCAAUAAACGUAGUAAUUUGCAAAACGAAAUUAUAAAUAACGGGCCGCUGUCAUCUAAUAUCCAAAUUAGAAAUGCUUCCUAUGAAAAUUUGUGUGAUUCACAAAAUUGUCCUAAAAUUGCGCAAGACUUUAACAGAACCAACAUAAUUGAAUAUACUCAUUCAAAUCUACAGAAUGAUAAGAAAGAUAUAAUUCAACAGCAAAAUGUUAAAACAAAUUGGCCUCAUUCAACUAUUAUGAAUUUAUUGGCAUAUAACAAAGAUAAUGGAGAAAGUAAUUGUCAUAGUAGUUCAAAUAUUUUAGAAUCCCAGAUUUCCAUUGAUGAGAGUAAUUCUAGUCAAAUGUCAUCUCAAUGUAGUGUGCCAGAAAAUACACAAGAAAUGUAUGUUGAAGGUUUAUCGGAUAUUAAACAGCAUUAUCGGAAAAAAUCAAAUCAUUUUAAAUUGCAAAGGAUUAUUGGUAAAGGAUAUAAGUUUAUAUUUAGGUAUAAAGUAACUAGAAUCCUAAGACCAGGAUGUCAAAAUUGUACCUAUAAAUGCACACAGGCUAUAGGAUUUGAUCAGCGACGCGUUCUUUUUAAAAACUUUUGGAAGAUGGACAUCCACGCUCAGACCACUUAUCUUAACGAAAAUGUGUUUCUUAUUAAUCCUAUUUUAGGUUUACAUGAUAUUAAGGAAACACGUAUGAAACGGAAUCAUCAAUUUUUCUUUACUGUGUAUGGUAAACGUUUUCGUGUAUGUAAAAAAUUCUUUUUGAAUACAUUAUCUAUUCUUAUGACGGAUUUGAAAAAUGAAACCAGCCGCUUAAAAGUUAUGCGUCAACGUCUUAACCCUCAUGUUAAACUAAUUGACAUUGGAUUUCAUAAAGACCCGCAACCAGCAAUAGAAGGUGUCUCUUCUGUAUCAAACCCAUCUUCAGUGGAAACAUUUGUUUCUGUCUCAUGGAACGCCAGUUUAGAUAGUUACAGCGAAUUAGACUUGUAUUCACUCCACACUAAAAUAGAACUAUCCAAUCAAUUACAUAAUCCACCAAAAGUUGUUAGGUUAGAAGGUAUUAAUGAUGAUGCUUUCCAACGUGAUUCAUCUGAUUUUCAAUCUCAGUCACCUGUAUAUGCUCAGUUGUCCACUGUAGAUCAACAUUAUGACAAAGAAAUAGUAACCAAUAUCUGCUCCUCCAACGCAGAACCAUGUGAUAAAAAUACCCACUUAAUGAAACCUCACGAAAUUAAUAGCAUAGGGCCAUUUAUAACUAAUGUUACAGAAGCCGGUAAUGAAGAACAAUCUUUUAAAGCGAUCUUAAACGAUUGGUCCAAACCCCAAGACCCUCCAGACAAACAAAAACAAGCGCCUUUUAAAUGGACAACAAAUUAUAAUCAAUAUUCAACAAAAAAUUGCACACAUACAAUGUAUAUUAAAACUAAACGUGACAGUUUCUCUGAAAUAGGUGAUAAAUUAAAAAUUAUGGAUAUCUGUUAUGAAUCUUCUUUAGACAGUGCGAAUACAUCUAUGUUGGAAUUUCGUCAGACGAUUUCAGAGUCUAACUUCCUAGAUUGCGACAACCAUAUAAGGACAGUGUCUUUCGAUAGCGAACCCUAUGAAAAAAGUGAUACAGAAGUAUUUUCAAAAGAUUCUCAAAUUCAAAAUGCUUCUGGUCUAUCAAGCCUAUCGGAUGCUGAAACGAAUCCUGGUGCCGAAAGCCAAACAGAUAUACAAGAGGAUAAAAUUUUCGACGCACUGCAAUUGUCGAUACAGAAAGAUUGUGCAGUAUAUGAACUGUCAAAAAAUAUAGAUUCCGUUCUUAAUGCCACUGCCCAACAAGAUACAAAUAAUGCAAUGGAGCAAUCAGAAUGCCAACUAGACCACCGGGAACUCGGCAAUACUAUUUCCACUGGCUUGGCUUUAACCUAUUCACUACCUACUUUCACUGAUUCAAAAAAUAAUGGAUCUACAAAGCUAACUAAUUCUGUUUAUGUGUUAAAUAAAAUAAAUAUAGAUCAAAAUACUUCUGUAAUAAAUAUAGACGAGGAUAGGUCCCUAAAUACUACUGAGAAACAUACGAAUGUGAUACAAGAUAAUACUGAUGAACAACUGCAUCCAAAUCAGGCGAGCGAUACAUGUGAUAUUUCUAUGGAAUCCUUUAAAUGCUCGAAUUUAAAUAUUGAAAUUUCAAACCAAACUAAUCCAUCUCCUAGAAAUACGGAUAGUUUACCUACAGAAACUGAAGAAGUCACUUCAGUCCAACAUAAAAAUAAUCCAAACAAUAGUGUGACUUUACUAUCUGAUUUUGAUAUGCAAAAUCAAAAUUAUCACAAUUCAAAUGUUUAUCCCUGUACCUCACCAAGAGGAACAUCUUAUACUGAUUCUUGCAAUUCUAGUUCAGAAGAUCUAGAAUACAACAAAAUGCAACUAAUUAAUGACAAUAGACUAGGAUCAGAUUAUGCUCAGUUGUCUAACGUAUAUGAACCAAUAUGUAUAGAAAGUUAUUUAAUUACCAAAGAUACCUAUUAUGCUACUGAGUCCAGUUGUAGCCAGUUUGCUUAUGAUACCCAAUCAAGCAUGAAUUGUAGCCAAUCCAGCUUAGACUUUUUUCCCAGUUUUGAUGGCCAGAAUGUUGUUGAAACUGUAGAAUGUGAUGUCACUCAAUCAUUUAAAUCAAUUCUUAACGAAUGGGCUUCAUAGUUUGAGCACACCAACUGUUUUUUAAAGUACUGCAUUGUAUUGAAACCACAAGGGAUAUAAUUAUUAGGAUAUUAUUCUUCCUAAAUAUUUAUGUGUUAAAUGUAUUGUAUAAAAUAAAUUCAAUUGUUUUCAGAAGUAUAACAAAUCCAGGUUUAGAAUUGAAAUGUCCACAAUGCUCAGAAACGUUCACAGAUGCAUAUUAUCUGGAUAUCCAUUUAGAUAUAUGUCACCCUUCUUAUGAACCAAAACAUUCUAUUCAUUCUGAAGAAGA